AUGUCAAAAGAUUUACAAUCAAUUGGGCAAGAUAAUAUUUGUCAGCCAUUAUUAACUGAUUACUAUCAAAUAACAAUGACUUACGCUUAUUGGAAAGCAAAUUGUCAUGAAGAAUCAGCCGUUUUUGAUCUCUUUUUUCGCAAAAAUCCUUUUCAAGGAGAGUAUACUGUUUUUGCUGGAUUGGAAGAUGUAAUAAAAUUUGUUAGUAAUUUUAAAUUCUCUGAAAGUGAUUUAAAUUUUCUUAGAAAAAUUAUGCCACAAACUACUGAGGUAGAAUUUUUUGAUUAUCUUGCUUCAUUAAAUUGUAAUAGUCUUAAAAUAACAGCAAUUCCUGAAGGUUCAGUUACCUUUCCAAAAGUUCCUCUUAUUACAGUUGAAGGACCAUUAGCUAUUUGUCAACUAUUGGAAACAUCACUUUUAAAUCUUGUUAACUAUGCAAGUUUAGUUGCUACUAAUGCAGCAAGAUUUAGACAUGUUGCUGGAAAUAAUGUGGAAUUACUUGAAUUUGGUUUACGUAGAGCUCAAGGUCCAAAUGGUGGAUUAUCAGCAAGUAAAUAUUGUUUUAUUGGUGGAUUUGAUGGUACAAGUAAUGUUUUAGCUGCAAAAUUAUUUGGUAUUCCAGCUAAAGGAACACAAGCACAUUCAUUUAUAUGCUCAUUUAAUUCAGAAAAAGACUUAAAGUAUAGAAAUUUACGUUCAAAAGAUGGUUCAAUGGAAGUGGAUAUAUUAAAUUUGUGUAAAGAAAAAAUACAAUUUCUUUAUGAAAUUAUGUCAUGGCCAGUAGAUCGUGAAGAAAUUUCACAAAGUGAAUUAAUUGCAUUUUGUUCAUAUGCUGUAGCAUUUCCUGAUUCUUUUUUAGCAUUAAUCGAUACUUAUGAUGUACUAAGAAGUGGUGUAAUUAACUUUUUAGCUGUUACAUUAGCUUUAAGUGAUUUAGGAUAUCAGACACUUGGAUGUCGUAUUGAUAGUGGAGAUCUUUGUUAUCUAUCCACUGAAUUAAGAUCAAUUUUUAAUAAAAUAAAAUUAGCUGUACCUAAAUACGCUAAAUUUGUUGACAAUUUAAAAAUAGUUGCAUCAAAUGAUAUUAAAGAAGAAACAAUACAAUCAUUUAAUGAACAAGGGCAUGAAAUAAAUUCAUUUGGUGUUGGAACACAUUUAGUAACAUGUCAAAAACAACCAGCAUUAGGUUGUGUUUAUAAAUUAGUAGCUGUAGGUGAUGUGCCAAAAAUUAAACUUAGUCAAGAAGUUGCAAAAAUAUCAAUACCUGGGAAGAAAAAUUGUUAUAGAAUAUAUGGAAAAAGUAAUUAUUCAAUAUUAGAUUUAAUGACAUUAGAAAAUGAAGAACCACCACAACCAGGAAAACAAAUUCUUUGUAGACAUCCAUUUGAAGAAGGUAAAAGAGCAAUUGUAAUUCCAUCUAAAGUUGAAAAACUUCAAGAAGUUUAUUGGGAUCAUGGUAAAGUAACUCAUUAUAUGCCUACAUUAAAGGAAAUAAAACAAAAUUUAGCAUUAUCAAUGAAAAGUAUUAGAAAAGAUCAUUGUAGAUUUGUUAAUCCAACUCCAUAUAAAGUUUCUGUCAGUGAAAAAUUAUAUGAAUUUCUUCAUGAAAUAUGGCUCCAAAAUGCUCCUGUUGGAAAACUAGAGUAA